GUGCUGUGCCUCCUCCCCUGUUCACCCAGGUGCAGCUGUUUGCCUACAGCUGUGCCCACUAAUUAGCUAAUUACCUGCUGAGUUGCUCCCAAACAGCAGAACUGCCUUGCCUGGCUGUCCCUGCUGCCCCCCUCAUCCUCCUGCAGCACCUCCAAACUUGAGGGAGGACCACGUGUGUGGUUCAGACAAGUAGGAGCUGAACUGGGUGCUGUGGGCUCCAGCACUUGGAGGCAAGGCAGGAAAAAAGAGAGCUUGAGGGCUUUUGUUGCCACACGUCCUCUGCUCUGUGAUGUUGUCAGGCUCCCAUUGGUGUCUGUUUCUGCGUUGGUGCUGCCUUUCAGCCCAUGUUAUCUUAUCACCUGCUCCCUGCGAGGGGGGGGGGGGCUGUGGGUUGAUCUCUGCUCUCCAAAUAGCAUCAAAGCAGCCUUGGGACAGUGGGGGGGCACCCCAGGGCCCCUGCACAGGGAGGGGACAUGGCUUCAGCCUCCCCCCUGCUGGAACCUCUCCUGGGGACUGAGAUGUGGAAUGGGGGUAGAAAAGGGAAUUGUCCUGGUGGCUCAGGGCGCUGUGUGAGCAGAGGUGAGCGAUGUGUGAGGUGCAGGCAGUGCAUUGAGAUGCUGAAUGUCUAAAGGGAUGUGAGGUUUGACAUUCAGGGCUGUACAGUGGGGUUGGGACCCCUCCUUUCUUGCAGCUCCUGGGCAUGGUGGUGUUGUGGGACACCUGAGGAGGUGCUGAUGUGACACUGUGCAGUCAGUGAGCAUUCAGGGGCACCUCAGUUUUGCAGGUAUCCCUAAGUUUUGCCCUAGAAUAAAGGCACCCUGGAGCUGAAGGGGUGGCUCUGUGAGGGAGCAGUUCAGUUCCUCUCAAAAACAAGUGCAUGUCCUUGCUCCGAGGCCGUGUGUUCGGGGCUGCUGCUCCAUUAGGAUAACAGCAGUGCAGAGCUGGAAAUCUCUGAGCUGGGAAGGCCUGUGCUGCUGCAUUGCCAGGGCAGCAAUCUGGGAAGGGGAUGCUCAGCUGCUGCCUUCCUGUGGUCCCUCCAUACCCCGUCCCAUUGCAGGUGAGAUGUGAGAUGUGCUGUGCUCAGUCUGAUUGGAGAGGAUCCAUCCAGAUCCCUCCUGGAGGUGUGGGCAGGAGCAGUGCAGCCAUUCCCAGGCACAGGUAGGGCUGAGCACCACAGGGCUGUGCUGCAGUUCCCCGUGUGCCCUCAGCACCACAGUGAGUGGGUGACCUCCCCCCCCUCACCAAACUGUUGCGACAGCAAAGAGGAGCAAGGUCAGCAUCCCCGCAGCAGAGUGCAGGAGCUGACGUCAAAGGAAGCAGCUGUGAUUCACAGCUUUUGGGGAGCACUCAGUGCUGGGGCUGUAACUCAUCCCACAGAUGUCAUUUCAGCCUUGAACAUUAUCGCUGCUCUUGCUCCACCCCCAGGAUAUGUGGGGCUGCCCCCUUCAGUGCAGCAGAGCGUGGCUGGGACCCCCACCCCACAGCCUCCCUAUGCACCUUGCAGCCCUGCUCUGCAUGCACAACCCUCAGCUGCAGCUCCAUGCAAGCUGUCUACAAAGUUCUCUCAGCCUCAUAACGUGCACAGAGCAUCCAUGUGCAUUCCCCACGUGCCGUGCAGCAGCAGAGGGGGACAGCAGAGUUUGCCCCACGUAUCUGGGCAGCAGCAGCUGCAUAAGGAUGUGCGCAUGCGCUGCUGCUGACACCCACUGUGACCCACAGCUCCCAGCAGAUGCAUGGGGAGAUGGAGCUGCCCUUGGCCUGCAGGGCACUGCCGUAAGUGAUGGCUCUUAUCUCGGUGCUGACAAGCCAGCAUCCUUCAGCUGGUGGAUUUAAGGCCCAGCCUUGGGGCUGAGGCACAGCAGUAUUUGCAGCAGUCACCAGAACUGAGCUCCACUGCGCUGCAGAGAUGCUGCCUGCCACCUUCAAGCUGUGUGCUGCCAUCUCCUACCAACACCUGCGCAACGUGACCGGGCUGCGCAGACAGGCUGCAGUGGCCAUCAGCCAGGAGCUCAGCAAGCUGUCGUGCCGCAGCGCGGGGCCCAGCACGUGGAUCAGCCAGGUCCGCAGGCGAAGCUCUCUGCUCAGCUCCAGGCUGGAGGAGAAGCCCUUCAGCGAGAUGGAGAUGUCCUACAUCAAACAAGGAGAGGAAGCCCUGCAGAAAUCACUCAGCAUCCUCGGGGAUCAGGAGGGCUGGAAGACGGAGACGGUGGUGGUGAGCCCUCCUGUGGCCGCGCAGCGAUGCGGUGGCUUUCGUGUGAGUAUCUGCGGUGCUGAUCUGCCUUUCCCCCGUCAGGACAACGGAGACAAAGUGCUGAGCAAAGUGCUGCCGGACGUGGGCAAGGUGUUCCGACUGGAGGUGGUGGUGGAUCAGCCCCUGGAUGCUGUGUACAGUGAGCUGGUGGACAACAUGGAGCAGAUGGGAGACUGGAAUCCCAGCGUCCAAGAGGUGAAGAUCCUCCAGAAGGUUGGGAAGGACACCCUGAUAACCCACGAGACAGCAGCUGCUGUACCUGGGAACAUCGUUGGGCCGCGGGAUUUUGUGAGUGUGAGGUGCUCCCGACGCCGAGGCUCCACCUGCGUGCUGGCAGGGAUGUCCACCAAGCACGGAGCCAUGCCCGAGCAGCAGGGAUUUAUCAGAGCUGAGAAUGGCCCCACAUGCAUGGUGCUGCGCCCGCUGGCUGGCAGUCCCUCGCAGACCAAGUUAACGUGGCUUCUUAGCAUUGACCUGAAGGUAAAUCCUGCAUCGAACUGCUUCAAAGGCGAGGCAGGAGUUGUGCCUGAGGCACUGAUGGGCUGCUUGUUCCUCUGCAGGGCUGGCUGCCAAAGACCAUCAUCAACCAGGUCCUGUCCCAGACCCAGGUGGAUUUUGCCAAGCACCUCCGGCAGCGCAUGGCGCGGGCUGCUGAGUGCACAGGCUGCCACUGAGAGCUUCGUUCAGGGCUGACAGCUGGGAUCUCGUCCCUAGAUAAGUCAGAUACAACUCAAUUCUGGCCUGUGCUAACAAGACAGGCCUUUAAUAGUAGGCAGUAGCAAUAAAGCUUAACUAAUUAGCCAGGAGCCUGAUUCAGAAGGCAGUGCCAGCAGCAAGCGGAUGCCGUACCUGAAGGAGCACGUUGUUGCUGGGACCUCCCAGCUAAUUACUUGAAGCUUUAUUAGUCUGCAGUAAAAAGGCCUUGGCUAAUUAGUUAUUAGGGAAGAGUCCCAGGAGCCUCGUUCAGAAGGCAGGGCCAGGCAGUGCUGCUCCAUGUGCAGAACACAGGGCUUAGCCUCAAAUGCAUUCCCCUCCUUUCCCCUAGCGAAGCAGCUCUAAGUUAUUUGAUGUGAUUUUGCACAGGAAGAUUAUUUAUUCAAAGUUGUGCAAUGAUUGUCAUUAGCAGGAGUCCCUGGGAAACUGGUCAUUGCUUCCAUAGACAGCUUCAGAUUUAAAGUAGGUACUUUAAGGUUGGAGGUUAUGAAGGGGGAAACUGCGAUACUUCAACAAAAAGCACAAGACAAAAACGAUGGAAGAGUUUAAAAGAAGAGUUUAUGGUUCAACUGGCUGCCAGUUUAUGUAAAAAAAAAAAAAACAAAAGAAAAACAAAAAAUCCAGCUUGGGCAGAAGCCCAAAUUUCAGUCUUACAUGCAGUCAUCUUGUUACAACACAAUCCUGGAUGGAAACUGUUGAGAUUUAGCCAAGCACAGCUAAGCAGAAGUGGCAGAGUUGCUUCUGCAGGGAUGGAGACAGCAGGUGGGCCCAAGCACACAGCUGGCCCCACUGAACGACUGUUGUGAGUCAGAUGGGGAAAUGAUCUCAACACAGUCGUUGCUUCUUCAGCUUGCCACACUGUGAGCUCCUGGAGCCUCGCAGAGAUGCUCACAAACAGCACAAUACACACUAGGACAGCAUUGACUUGGACUCAGCACAGUGGCACUGCAUGAAUCUCCAGCAUGCAUGCACUGCACCUGCUGCCCAGAGCUGCGUUGGCUUCGUGUUUGUUCGUUAUGGGUUGUUCUGAGCUGCACGUUCCUCCAGAAUAAAAUCCACCUGGGUUGAGUCGCUG